AUGGACGACUCUGCUGGCUGGAAAUAUGAGUUGUUCAGACAAACCUCAACAGGUUCUGGAAAAACUAGUCAGACAGCAGACGGUGGUGAAUCAGACAGAUUCAGUGUCUCACAGGGAGGCAUUUACACCUGCAGAGGAUGGAGAAGUGACCCAGAUGCCUUCACACCUGAAAGUGAUGCAGUCAUCAUUGAGGAAACUGUUUCCAACAAGGCUGUUGUGACUCUGCAACCCAACGGUCCUCUGAUAUACAGUGGUGAGACAAUCACUGUCAGAUGUGAGAUAGGAGGCAGAAACACUCGAUGGGAAUAUGAAUGGAGAGUAAACAACACAAACAUAUCUCACAAAGAUCAUGAAUACAAGAUUAUCAGAGCUUCUGUUUCCCACAGUGGAGACUACAGGUGUAAGGGUAGAAAGGACUCAUAUUACUCAACAGAGUGGAGUGAUGUCUCCACAUUGACAGUAUCAUCAAAUAAACCCAAACCCACACUGACAGCAGACAAAACCAUCAUACCAGUAGGAGGCAGUGUGACACUGACCUGCUCUGUGGACGGUUCUGCUGACUGGAAAUACGACUGGUUCAGACAAACCUCUGAGUCUUCUGAAGCUCAACUCAUAAGAAAUGUUAACCCAAACAGAGUCAUAAGUGUUUAUCAAGGAGGCAUCUACUACUGCAGAGGAGGAAGAGGAGACUCAGUCUUCUACACAGAGAACAGCAACAAAGUUACUAUUCAGGAAACUGUUUCCAACAAGGCUGUUGUGACUCUGCAACCCAACUGGCCUCUGAUAUACAGUGGUGAGACAAUCACUGUCAGAUGUGAGAUAGAGGGAGGUGAAGACACUGGAUGGGAAUAUAAAUGGAGAGUAAACAACAGGUUCUCAUCUCAGAAAGACAAAGAAUUCAGAAUCAGUGCUUCUUCAUCCAGUAAUGUAAACUUCAUGUGUAAGGGUAGAAGGUAUUUAUAUUCCUCAACAGAGUGGAGUGAAGCCGUCAUACUGACACGAUCAUUUAAUAAAGCCAAGUCGACACUGAGAGCAGACAGCGACAUCAUACCAGUAGGUGGCAGUGUGACACUGACCUGCUCUGUGGACUCCUCUGCUGAUUGGAAAUACUACUGGUUUAGAGAGUAUUCUGCUCUUCAGUCCAUAAGAAAUGUUAAACCAGUUAACAAGGUCUCAGAAGGAGGCAUCUAUCAGUGCAGAGCAGGAAGAGGAGACCCAGAGAUCUUCACAGAGUUCAGCAGUGCAGUCACUGUUUGGAAAACUGUCCCAAAUAAGACUGCUGUUGUGACUCUGCAACCCAACUCGACUGAGAUAUACAGCGGAGAGACGAUCAUGCUGAGAUGUGAGAUCCAUGAUGGAGACACAGAGUGGGAGUAUGAAUGGAAGAGUCCCCGUUACACAUCUUCAAAUAAAAAUGAAUACAUGAUUAGCUAUGCUUCCUCAUACGACAGUGGAAACUACAGGUGUAGAGGAAGAAAAAUGAAAAAUGCAGAAUAUAAUUCAACCGAGUGGAGUGCUGACAUCAAAUUGACAGUAUCUGAUAAUAAACCAGCAUCUGUCCUCACUGUGUCUCCAUUAUGGCUGAGUCCUGGAGACUCAGUAACUCUGAGCUGUGAGGUUGAACAUCCAUCUGCAGGAUGGAGGUUUUACUGGUAUAAGAUUGUUCCCAAACUAUCAGACAACUCCUACAUCUAUGAGCUGCUACCUGGUAGCAUCAAUGGGACUGAACAGGAUUCCUACAUCAUUCAUGGACCGACACACACAGCAGGAUAUAUGUGUAGAGCAGGAAGAGGAGACCCAGUGUAUUACACUCAAUACAGCAAACCUGGGUUUGUUUGGUCUGGAGAUGUUCAUUCAGCAGUGACUCUCAAAGUGAGUCCUGACAUAGUGCAGCACUUCACCAAUGACUCUGUCUCACUGAGCUGUGAAGGAAACUUUACUAAGUGGAGAGUGAGGAGCUUUCCUGAGGACUACUCAGACUGUUAUAACUGGAGGUUCAUGACUGGCUCCACAUGCAACAUCAAGAGAUAUCAGCAGAGUGAUGCAGUGUACUGGUGUGAGUCUGGAUCAGGAGAGUUCAGCAAUGCAGUCAACAUCACUAUACAGAACGAUCCAAAGAUUCUCACUCUGUCAGGUUGGCCAAUCCAGUCUGAGAGCACCAAUCAGGACUCUGCCACACAUCACAUGGUCAACCUGAAUGAAACUCAAGAUCACAUCUACAAUUCUCUUCUUCAUGGUGAUGUUUGUGUCUAUGAAUCAAUCAGAGGCUCUGAAGACCCUGAAAACGGUAAAGUAUAA